CAUGAUGAUGUCUCGGGUUCGAAUCUUUGUCUGGUUAAAAAACUUAAAAAAAGUACAGAGAGACCAAAAAAGACGGUGACUUCAUCACCGGUCCGUCCUUCUCCUCCGACGAAUAAGUUACUCAUCUUCUUCUUCUUCUUCUCCCAUUUCUUCUGAUUUUUUUGUUUUUGUUUUGCUGAUUUAACAUGUUGAUGAAGCUGACUGGCUAAAAGGUUUACAAUUUAUUAUAUCAGGAAAAUGGCAUUAUAACAAGAUCUUGCUAGUUUUAUUUAUAUAAUCAAAAAGGUUAUGACUUUCCCAAAUUAUCCGGCGAAAGUGGUCAAAUGAACAAGACUUUAAUUUCGUCUUCUCCACAGUCUUCGCUGUUGAUAAGAGUAAGAAGGUCACGACGACGACGACGAUGAUGAGUUGCUGCCUAAUGUGAGAGACCUUUGUUUUUUUCUUUUAUUAUUCGAAGAGAGAAAGAGCACCAGGAAGGAAGAAGGAGACAAAGAAAAUGACUGUGUCUUUGAGUGUGAUGACAUUUAAUCUUCAUGAUGAUCAACCUGAAGAAAGUCCUAACUCAUGGCUCAAAAGGAAGGAUUUGUGUCUCAGUGUCAUCACUAGUUACUCCCCUAUCGUUCUCUGUACCCAACAAGGUGUUCAGUCGCAGCUGGAUUAUCUUCAGCAGGGCUUGCCAGCGUAUGAUCAGUUUGGCAUAUCAAGAAAAGGGCCUCAGGAUGCUAAUGAUGAACACUGCACCAUCUUCUACAACAAGGAAAAAGUAGAGCUGCUAGAGGGUGGAACUUUUUGGUUGUCAGAGUCUCCCUCAGUCCCUGGAAGCACUGCAUGGGGUUCUGUAGUUCCUUGUAUAGCGACAUGGGCCACAUUUCAACUGAAAGGAGCAGAGCCGCCGGGUUUUUCGUUUCAGAUAGUCAACACAAACUUGGAUAAAAUCAGCCCUCGUGCCCGUAGGCGCAGUGCUUUACUCACAUGGCAACAUAUAGCAUCAUUACCUCCCACUUUGCCAGUUGUGUACUGUGGAGGAUUCAACACACAGAAAGAAUCAACCACUGGGAGAUUUCUCGUGGGCAGAUCUAGAGAGCACGGUGUAGUAGGGGAUAUGAGAGACGCAUGGCCAAGUGCACGAGUAAGAAAAAACACUGCUCUCAUAAGAACAUAUCAUGAAUUCAAAGGUGACAAGCAGGGAACGGUUNUAACCAUAUCUGCAACACCUGAUUUCAUCAUCUCCCAUGUUAUGAUACCUCAAUUGUCUUUCCGUUUGAGGCUGUUNACGGAUUGGAUACUUUACAGAGGUAGAUCUAUAGUUCCUGUAAUGUGUGAGGUGGUAAAUGAUAAGAUCGACGACUUGUAUCCUUCAUCUCACUACCCUAUGUUUGCUGAGUUUAUGCUUCCUCGUUCUGUAAGAAUGCUUGAACCUACUCUUCCUGCUUCUGCUCCUGCUCAAGAGGAAAGCUAGAACACAUAUCCUGUCUUGCUAAAGCUUUGAAAAAUGUUGAUUGUUGUGGAAAUGAGCUCUGUUUUUCUCGGAGUCUUAUUGAUUUUGAGCUAAAACUUAUAAAUAAGAAUAUUUUUGUUGUUGUUUUUGUUUCUA